AUGUCGAAUAACGGUGCUGAGGACUCUUGGGAAAGUCAAGCUGAUGUCAUAGGCGAACAAGAAAGUCCUGCCCUAAACGGUUGUGGAGAUGGUAGAGACAGCGGCGAUGGUGGAGCUGCAUCAGCCUCGCCACGAGUUGAAGAACCACCCCCUGUUCCUCCUGCACCAGCUCCUGAAGCUAUCUCGCUUCCAAUCCUGUCUGAUUCCUCCCCCACUAUUGAUAGUUGGGAUGCAGAAGCUGAUGAUGCCCUUUUAACGCCUGAAGAAAACAAUGAAGCAGAUGAAGAUGAUAUGGAGCUACAGGUGCAGGCUACUGAGGGAGAAGAGGGUGCAAAAAAGAUUCCUAAGAAAAAGCCACCUAGAGUAGAGGACACAAGAAGUAAAAAGGAACAUGUGAAUGUCGUUUUCAUUGGACAUGUUGAUGCUGGAAAAUCAACAAUUGGUGGUCAAAUUAUGUCAUUAACGGGAAUGGUAGACAAAAGAACACUGGAAAAAUAUGAAAGAGAAGCGAGAGAAAAGUCAAGAGAAUCGUGGUACUUAUCCUGGGCAUUAGAUACAAACCAAGAAGAACGUGAUAAAGGCAAAACAGUGGAAGUGGGAAGAGCAUAUUUUGAGACUGAAAAGAAGCAUUUUACUAUACUUGAUGCACCUGGCCACAAAAGUUUUGUUCCAAAUAUGAUAGGUGGUGCGGCACAAGCUGACCUUGCUGUAUUGGUUAUUUCUGCCCGUAAAGGAGAGUUUGAGACGGGGUUUGACAGAGGGGGUCAAACUAGAGAACAUGCCAUGUUAGCAAAGACUGCUGGAGUUAAACAUCUUGUAGCACUCGUAAAUAAAAUGGAUGAUCCUACAGUAGCCUGGGAAGAAAAGAGAUACAAUGAAUGUCGAGACAAGAUUCUACCUUAUCUUAAAAAACUUGGCUUUAAUCCUGCUAAGGAUCUGUCCUUUUUACCAGUAUCAGGGCAAACUGGACAAGGCCUGUUAGAAAGAGUAUCUGAAGAGAUAUGUCCAUGGUACCGAGGACCGUCAUUCAUUCAAUUAAUUGAUGAUUUGCCAUCACUCAAUCGUAAAAUGGAUGGGCCUUUUAUCAUGCCUGUUGUAGAUAAAUAUAAAGAUAUGGGAACUGUUUUGAUGGGAAAAGUGGAAGCUGGCUCAACAAGGAAGGGCAGCACUCUCUUUCUCAUGCCCAAUAGGGUGCAAGUUACUGUUGAUCAACUUUGGUCAGAUGACAUUGAAGUUACAUCCAUUGGGUCUGGAGAGAAUGUGAAAGUAAAGCUCAAGGGAAUUGAAGAGGAAGAUGUAUCACCAGGUUUUGUAUUAUGUGAUACGGCAGAACCAAUCACCACUGGCAGAAUAUUUGAUGCUCAAGUUGUGAUUCUAGAGCAUAAGUCCAUCAUAUGUGCAGGGUACUCUGCUGUCAUGCAUAUACAUUGUGCAGCUGAAGAAAUCACUGUUAAGGCGCUAAUAUGUUUGGUAGACAAGAAGACUGGAGAAAAAUCAAAGACGCGACCGCGUUUCGUGAAACAGGACCAAGUAGCCAUUAUGAGGGUGGAGUGUGCUGGUUUGAUUUGCCUAGAACCAUUUAAGAAAUUUGCUCAAAUGGGCAGAUUCACAUUGAGAGACGAGAAUAAAACUAUCGCGAUCGGCAAAGUGUUGAAAAUAAUUGAG